AUGGAGUUUGAUGAUGGCUACAAGAGGCGAAGGAAAAUCAUAAUCUUUGCUUCAACUGCUGUUGUUAUAGCAGUAGACCAGUAUAUCAAAAAAUAUCUGAACAAAGAGCCGUACCGUUGUGAACCCCUGCGCGGUAUUAUUGAGACAGAGAGAAUUAUCGGUCAUAGUGAUAAAACCUGUCAAGAACAAAUAAGGUUAAGCAAGAGGGCUUUUUUCAGUUUAAGUCAUUUGAUUAAGGAGAAGGGUCUAUUGAGCGACAGCAGAUCUGUGCAAGUGAAUGAACAACUAGUUAUGUUUCUACAGAUAGUAGGACACAAUGUUAAAAACCACGUUAUUGCACACAAGUUUGGACAUUCUGGUGAGACUGUAAGUCAGUACUUUAACCUUGUAUUGGGUGCAAUCAUUAAAUUGUAUCCGAUACUAUUGAAACCUCUAAGUGUCACAGCACAUCAUCGAAUAACAAGUAAUGAAGGAAGAUUUUACCCUUAUUUCAAGGACUGCAUCGGAGCCAUAGAUGGAUCCCAUAUCCCUGCAUGGGUGCAUCUAAGCGACCAUCCGAGGUUCCGUGAUAGGAAGGGUGAUAUUUCCCAAAAUAUUCUUGCUGCCUGUGACUUUGACAUGAAAUAUGCUUACAAUCUUUCUGGUUGGGAAGGGUCAGCAUCAGAUGCUCGAAUCUUAGAUAAUGCAUUGCACAGAGACGGUGACGGGAAAUUGGUAGUGCCAUGA